AUGCAGGGAUUUCAGGAUUUGGUUGUGUACCUUAGUAUCCUCUUCGGUGCUAUUUUAUGUUGCGGUGGCUAUCUGAGAUUGUAUCACGGCAAACAACAUCUUCCGCUUCCUCCAGGGCCAAGAGGUCUCCCGGUGCUCGGUAAUGUACACCAGAUUCCAACGCAGUAUCAGCAAAAUACAUUCCUGAGCUGGGCCAAGCGCCACGGCGAGAUUGUUUACCUUCGCUUCUUCCAAAAGCCAGCUAUCAUCAUUUCCUCUCUUAAAGCGGCACAAGAUCUGAUGGAAAAGCGAGGUUCAAAGUAUUCGAGCAGACCCUACUCGGUGUUCAUGCUAGAAUUUGUCCUUCCAAGACCAAACCUGGUGUUAAUGCCGUAUACCGAUCAAUGUCGCCUCCAUCGCAAGCUCUUUCAGGCAACCUUUGAGAGCAGGACGAUGCUGGAUAGUUAUCGCCCGCUUCAGAGGCGAUAUGUCGACAUACUGCUGGCUGACCUCGUCCGUGAUCCAGAGGGAUUCAUCGCGCAUCUAAAGAGAUAUGCCGGUGCCCUCACAAUCGAACUCGCGUAUGGACAUCACGCUGACAUAGUCAACGAAGAGUUCAUGGCAUUUGCCGAUAAGGCAAUGGCUUCAGUCACAGAGGCUGGAGGCGUCGCAUCCACGCUUGUCGACUUCUUCCCAUUCAUGAAAUAUAUUCCAGAGUGGAUACCUGGAGGAGGCUUCAAGCGACACGCAUUCAUGACCCAAAACAUGAUCCGCGAAGUGAUGUCUACACCGUACUCAAUAGUACGGGAAUCCAUGAAAAAUGGCAAUGCACAACAGUGUUUCACUACCUUUCUCUUGGGAGAGCUGUCGGAAGAUGGCCGCCUCGAUGACGAUACUGCAUGGGACAUCAAAGGCGCUGCCACAGUGCUAUAUCUAGCUGGGAGUGACACCACCAUGACGACACUGAUUUCCUUCAUCUUGACCAUGGUGCUUCAUCGUCACAUUUUCAAAAAAGCCCAAGCUGAAUUGGACAGCGUGAUCGGCAGCGAGCGAUUGCCCAACCUAGACGACAGGGAUUCGCUGCCGUAUUUGGAGUGCGUUCUGAAGGAAGUGUAUCGCUGGAAUCCUCCGGCCCCACUUGGGAUUCCUCAUUUUGCAACCGAGGAGGACACAUAUCGUGUCUACGCCAUUCCCGCUGGUGCAAUCGUCAUACCAAAUAUUUGGGCAAUGAGUCGCGACGUCGAACAGUACUCAGAUCCUGAUACUUUCCUUCCAGAGAGAUUUGAGGCAAUGAGUCCUCAGGAGACAAACAAGAAGGAUCCUCGCAAAUACGUCUUUGGUUUCGGUCGACGGAUUUGUCCCGGGCGAUUCCUUGCCGACUCGAGCGUUUGGCUCGCGAUCGCAAACAUUGUCGCUACGAUGGACAUCCAAAAAGCUCGGGACAUAUCUGGAAAGGAAAUCACGCCGAUCCCGUCUUUCAAAACAGGUAUCGUCAGCCACGUUAAUCCCUUUAUAUGCGACAUCAAACCACGCACGACAAAAACCACUGAUAUUGCUACAAAGCUCAAAAACGUUACCAGUGGAUGA